UUGUUAGUUCUUAAACCCGUCACCUGAAACCCUUUUGCUGUUUGCACACACUCGAAACGAUGUCGUCUCUAUCUCGUUUUCUCCGUGGCACCUUUAACAUCUCUACGAUCCGCCGUUUUUCCUCCGCCGCCACCGUAGCCUCUGAAACCACCGCAACAUCGGCAGUCUCGGCUGCAAUCUCGCCACCUCAAAAGUCACUUGCCAGUAUCGUAAAUGGCGAACGAAACCCCAAACAAAUCGUGGAGAAGUUCAAGAAGGCAUGUGAGUCGGAGCGGUUCCGGAAUAACAUAGCCGUGUACGAUAGAACCGUGCGUCGUCUCGUCGCAGCAAAGAGAUUACACUUUGUCGAAGAGAUUUUGGAGGAGCAGAAGAAGUACCGCGACAUGUCAAAAGAGGGAUUCGCGGCGAGGAUCAUUUCUCUCUACGGGAAAGCGGGUCUGUUUGAAAACGCACAGAAGGUGUUCGACGAAAUGCCUGACAGAAACUGCAAAAGGUCAGUGUUGUCCUUCAAUGCCUUGCUUAGUGCAUAUCGGCUUUCCAAGAAAUUCGAUGUGGUUGAAGAACUUUUCAAUGAGUUACCAGGGAAGUUAUCAAUCAAACCAGAUAUUGUAUCUUACAACACAUUGAUCAAGGCACUGUGUGAGAAGGAUUCUUUACCCGAAGCUGUUGCAUUGCUUGAUGAGAUUGAGAACAAGGGUUUGAAACCUGAUAUAGUUACAUUCAACACAGUUUUACUCUCGUCGUAUUUGAAGGGACAGUUUGAGCUAGGAGAAGAGAUAUGGGCCAAAAUGGUGGAGAAGAAUGUAACGAUAGACAUCAGGACUUACAAUGCCCGGUUGCUUGGAUUAGCCUACGAGGUGAGGUCAAAAGAGCUACUUAGUCUCUUUGAAGAACUGCAGGCUAGUGGGAUCAAACCUGAUGUCUACAGCUUCAAUGCUAUGAUUAGAGGGUCUAUCAAUGAAGGAAAAAUGGAUGAAGCUGAAUCGUGGUACAAAGAAAUUAUGAAGCACGGGUAUCGUCCUGAUAAAGCUACAUUUGCUCUAUUGCUUCCUGCUAUGUGCAAAGCUGGCGACUUUGAGUCUGCGAUUGAGCUCUGCAAGGAGACAUUCAGUAAGCGCUAUCUUGUCGGUCAAGCGACUUUGCAGAAGGUAGUUGAUGAAUUGGUGAAAGGAUCCAAGAGAGAAGAAGCUGAGGAGAUUGCGGAGAUUGCAAAGACCAAUGAUUUCUUAAAGUUCAAUCUAAAUUUGCCGUCCCAGGAAGAGUAAGUGGUUCAUUUGUUACUCUAGUAGUAUCUCGUUGCAUUGUGUGAGCGCCCCUUAGGCUAUAUGUAUUUGUGGAUGGUACCCGGUUUGUGGCUUUUCUACUUGUUUGAACUUUCCUCUCUCUUGUUUCUUUUUCUGUAGCUCGGUAAUUUAAGUUUGACAAAGAAAACGGCAUGUAGUUGAGGUUUAGGCAGAAGAAAUGCUACGAAUUUUAAUAAAUUUAAGUUAUUUUGGAAAAA